CUUCAAUUAAAUCCACGUGAACAUUUAGUGAACUUGUGAACGCUGGUUUUCGAAGAAUGAGGCCUAUCCUUUUCGUAGUGGUUACUGUUUUAAUAGGUAGCGGCCACUCAAACACCGGGAAGCUUGUGAGAAAAACUCGUGCACUGGGCGCAAUUUGUGGCACAAAUCGCGUCUUGUGCCGGUACUCCGACCUGUCCGGCUGCCCCCUCUCACCUGACUUCAGCUUCGCCGUGGACUGCCGCGGGGGGUGCUGCUACUAUCUGCAGGAAUUCUGCCACACCUCUGAGACCUGCUGGUACGUUUUUCUCCGGAACUUGAGACGUGCUCGUAUCUUGAAGAAGUUGGCAGACGAUCGGAAAGCCGCUGCAGCAAAAAGGGCAGAAGAAGAAAGGAAAGCCGCAGAAGAAAGGAAGGCAGAAGAAGAAAGGAAGGCGGCAGAAACAAGAAAAUCGGAAGAAGAAAGGUCUGCGUAACCGGAAAAUAAACAGCAGCCGUAAUAAAGGGGAAUAACCGGAUUUUUAAUACUGUUUAUUCCAUCAAUAUAAUAAUUACCAUGAGCUUCUAUCGAAUUAUGGUAAAUGUAGUAGCUACUUUGUGUUGUCAAAUGAGUUAUGAGUAAUUGGAAUCAAUACUAUUUUCAUAAAAAUGAGAUGCUCGCAUCACUAAAUUUGAUAAAAAUUGGCCCUGUUUUGGUUUCUAAGGAUUGCCAUGAAUUAUUAGAUUAGGCUUUUAAGUUUUUAAGAAAAAUGACAAAAUACAAUAUUUUUUUCUAGAUAGCUAAUUGUUAUUUUCAGUACAUAAAGAAUUCUUUUUUCUUUACAUAUAGGCUUACUAUUACACUGUUGUUACUGUUUGUGAUGUGAAUAUUGAUGCAAAAGCCAUUGUAAUUUAUUUUUCUGUUUAAGUUUGAUUGUAAAUAUGUCAAUAUAUUAAAACAUAAUUAUUAAAUAAAUAAAGGCUCUUAUGCGUGAACUU